UGAAACUAACCGAACACCUGCCGUGCGAGCUCCAAGGCCCUACGGCACCCCCGCAGGAGUGUGGAUUUCAGAGCCCCAGCUUUCAAACGGGGAGCUUUGUUGCCGCAAACACGGCGAACAGUUGAAGCUGUUUUGUGAAACUGACAGAAAGCUGGUGUGCCUGAUUUGCCGAGACGAGAGGCAGCACAAAAGCCACACUUUCAAACCAGUAAAUGAGGCCGCACAAAGUUGUAAGGAGGAGUUAAACAGAGCCUUGCAGUUUCUUCUGGGUGAUAACGAUGCAGUGCAGAGUGUGGAAAAGGAUCAGCAAACUGAACUCUCAAGGAUCCAGGACAGGUCUGGCUGGCUGCUGGCAGAUAUCACGACCCAGUUUGCUGAGCUGCACGAGUUUCUGCGGAGGCGAGAGGAGGAGGUGAAGCGAGAUCUGAAAGCAGCCGAGCGGAGGGCUCUGGAGCCCAUGGAGAGGAACCUGCAGAGGAUCCAGAGAGAGCUGGGAGACAGGACUGAGCAGGCCAGGAAACUGCAGGAUUCCCAGAGCAUCACACAGUCUGUCACUUACCUCAAGUGGUGGAGCGAGACAGGGUCCCCCAUCAUGGAAGAGCUGAAAGAAAAAGCCCCCUGUGGUCCUGCCACUGAUGAAUGGGAGAUCGUCACUGUCAGCGGAUAUGAAUCCAAACUGAAAACCCUGAGUGUCGUCCCUGGCUCUUUAUCACUUGGUCCCUACGAGACACACUUGCAGUUUUUCAUUUGGAAAGAAAUGUUAAAAGUGAUCCGUAAAGUCCCCCAGCGCUUGACAAUGGAAGACUGCUCUCUGUCUCUCAAAGUGUCCCUCGAUGGUUUGAGCACGAGGCAGAUCGACAGGGAUCAGGACCAACUCCACAAACACCACCAUGCUCCCCCGGCCGUAGUCCAAACAGAAGCACGCUUCGAUCAGGGGCUGCACGCCCAGAGCAGGGAGAAAUUCACCUCCGGGAGCCACUACUGGGAGGUGGAGGUGGGGGGAAAGAGCGACUGGGCAGUGGGGAUCAAGAUGGAGAAAAUUCAGGAAAGGGAGACCAAGUGGUACCAGAAGGUUGUGCAUUUCUUCAGCAGACACAAUUACCUCCUGCUGGUUUUCAGCGGCGAUAAGGAUUUCAGGAUCAACGCAUUUUCAGUAGAUAUUCCCAUCUUGCCCGGGGCUAGGCCCAGGAAGGUGGGAGUGUAUCUAGAUUGUGAGAAGGCUCAGGUCUCUUUCUACAAUGCCGAUGACAUGUCCCAUAUUUACACCCACAGCGAGUGUUUUGCUAAAGGCAUCGCUGCCUAUUUCAACCCUGGUCCCUACCUAGCAGGUAGAAAUGCAGAGCCCUUGACUGUAUGCUGUUACUGAUUCCAUGGUCUCAAAGCAGUGCUAACCAGUGCUUUAAAAUAAAUGUUCUUGCCUCUUUAAAAGCAUGAGAAACGUAAUCUGUACCCUCCCUUUAAGGGAGCGCUAAUCAAGGCUUUAAAAUCUAUUUUCUUAUCUUUUAUUAGCACUAGCACCACAAUCACUGCCCCUCCCUUUAAAGGGAGUACCAACUGCUUGAGAAUCUGUUUUCUUACCUCUCAUUAGGUGUAACAGAUCUCUUCUCAGCAGCUGAUAAGUUAAUAAUAUUGACUGAAUUCAAUGGGCUGAAGUGCCAAUUUAUUACAAUGGAACCAAUAGCAAGGGUACCAGGAAGUCAUUAAUAUGAAUUAAGUAAAUGAAGUAGGGUUUGUAUUUUUGGGCAAUUGCAGAAGAAUUAAGGCAUGAUGAUAAUAAUAGUAAUCGUCCAUUAGUAUUUAGUUAUGCAGAUCAAAUAAUUGUUACUUUGGUAACACUUUAUUUUGAGAGUUAUAAUUAUUUUAUUAAUAUGCAAUUAACCAUUUGCUGAAGUUUACUUACUGUUAAUAAACAGUCAAUAGAUAUGCUAUUCAUGUGUGUAUCUAUCAUUAGAGCUCAUGUUUCAUAUGUACGCUAAGUAUGGGUUUUGAGAGUUGGUAGUUUCCUGCUCCAGUAAAUAAAAAAAGAAAAAAAGAAAAAGGCUGGUGUGUAGAGUAACUGAUAUUAUUCUACCAACUAUCCACACUACCUAAAUAAUAUUCAUUCAGACCACAUGGCUGCCAUACAAAAUCACGUUUUCAAAAUGCGAUGAUUGUGUAAAUAGGGUAUUAGUAGCUGUACUUACCAGGCUUUGUAUGUCUUUUUGUUACUGCAGCAGGAAAUUACCAAGUCUCAAAAAAUAUACUCAACAUCCAUAUGAAAUAUGAGCUCAAAUAUACUCAACAUCCAUAUGAAAUAUGAGCUCAAGUGGCAAACGUCUAAUGAUAGAUACACAUGCAUUCAUGACAUAUAUAUUGACUGUUUAUUAAAAUGGAACUAAACUUUAGCAACAGGUUAAUUGCAUAUGAGUGAAAUAUUUAUUUGUGACACUUGAAAUAAAGAUACUGGUGAGCAGGGUCAGAAAACCAGGAGUUCCUCUUUUAUAAAGCAUUCCAUUUACAUGUUGUUGACAUUCAUACUGGCCGGCAUCCUCUGUGUGCAGGUGGUGUAUCCGCAGAGACGAGUCAGGCGGCACCUCCAGUCUUGCAGCUUUCUCUGGCUGUUUGACAGUAAUCUUGCCAAUGAACUUGAAGGAACAGCAGCACGUUGCAGUGAAAUUUAAAUUGUUUGAAUUGUUAUACUAAUGUACUACAUUUACUAAUGCACCUUGAUAAUUACUGUAUUAGUAAUUUGAGGAAACGGUUAAAAUGUGAUCUCUGUUCAAUAAUGAGAAAGAAACAAAGCUAUGAUUUUGUCUUAUUAUUAAAGUAAUUAUAUAUAUAUAUAUAUAUAUAUAUAUAUAUAUAUAUAUAUAUAUAUAUAUAUAUAUAUAUAUAUGAAUGUUUAAUGUUGUACCUGUUUAAUAUCUUGUUAUAAAUGUUCUGUGUGAUUGUCUAUUAUAGCUUCUGCUUGGAUAAUGUUUGGACAUGCUUACUAGCUAUCCAGACUCAUCAAUGCUGAUCAUGACAUGCGAGGUGGGGAAGCAUAAUAGUUUUGCUCUGUACACUGACGCCCAUAUGACAAGCGCUGUGAAAUGAAGCCUGUGCAGCGCUAAUGUGGUUCCCCGCCUCACUUCCCCAACACCUUGAGGACUCUUUUAAGAAGCAACUUGCUGGAAUUUAGUAAGCAUUAGAUGUGGCUUUGUGGUCCAGUGGUUAAAGAAAGGGGCUUGUAACCAGGAGGUUCCCGGUACAAAUCCCACCUCAGCAACUGACUCAUUGUGUGACCUGAGCAAAUCACUUAACCUCCUUGUGCUCCGUCUUUUGGGUGAGACAUAGUUGUAAGUGACUCUGCAGCUGAUGCAUAGUUCACACACCCUAGUCUCUGUAAGUCGCCUUGGGUAAAGGUGUCUGCUAAAUAAACAAAUAAUAAUGUUAAUGCACUAGACUAGCCUUUAUCCUUUCACUUAAGACCAGGUUUUCAACCUUGGAGGAGAUUGUCUUCUCAAUCCUAAAAAUACAAAUAGAGAGUUGUCCCUAUACCUUACAGUGCAAUACAGUAUGAGCUGUGCAGGGUCCCCAUUUCCUGUCUCUUAUGGUGUGCGACUGUUUUCUCACUAAAAUAAAACCUUUGCAUUGAUGAAACAGCUUCCUCUUGCAGUAAUGUAUGUUCUUGUUUCUAUUCAAGUUUUCAAUUAACAUGUCAGAUGAUUUCCCCCCUAUUACCAGACGCUAAUUUGUAAUUCAAAUAACGUGACCAAUGAAAUAUUAUGUUUGGUUUAAGAAACUACAAAACCAUUGAGUACAUACAGCAGCAGGUUCAAUUAC